ACCAUCCCCACAAACUAUUAUCAUCAUAACACAACAACAAUACUCACACAAGAAAAACAAAAUCUCUCUUAUAAAUUCGUGUUCUUCUUCAAACAUCAAACAUAAGCCAUGGCAAUGAAGAUGAUGGUCGUUUUCAUGGUCGUUGCAGUGGCUUUCUCAGCUGUAGGACAAGCAGCUGCCGCCACCGUAGAAGCUCCCGCUCCAAGUCCAACUUCGGAUGCUGCCAUGUUCGUACCAGCAUUGUUUGCAUCCGUUGUUGCUUUGGCAUCUGGUCUUCUCUUUUGAGCUAAAAACACACAUUUAUCAUUCUUUUUUUGGUUCAUUAUUUUUAUUGUUUUUGUUAAUGAGUUUGUGUGUGAUUUGAUUAUAUUGUUAUAGAGUGUUGUAUUAUUCUCAAUGUAACCAUCUGUUUCUAUCUGCUUGUAUGUAUCAAAAUUCUUCAGACUGUUUUAUGGACUCGUUUAUCUUACUA